UGAGGCGGGCGUGCCGCGCAGGGCGAGAAGCUGCUGCGGCUGAUGAAGCUGUGUCAGAGGCUGGAGAUGGAGCGGGAGAAGGUGCACUACUGCCCCUCACAGAGCGCACAGGAGCAGGUCCUGCUCAACACCCUCUGCAUGGAGCCCAUGUCUGAGGAAAUGGUCAAGAACAUUCAGGAGGUGGCUCCCCUGGAGAACGUCUGGCACCGCUACAACGUGGUCCUGAAGGAGUGCCUGUGCCUGAAGCAGGAGAAGGCGCGUCUGAGCCAGGAGAGCCGCCACCUGCACGCCCAGUACCGCAACUUCCUGGAGGACAACUCCGUGUCCCACGAGGCCCUGCAGCAGAGCAACCCCCUGCUCAUGGUGACCAAGCUCCCGCUCCUGGGCCGGCCGGCGACCGCGCCCGGCGCCAGACGCUCCGUCGCCCAGCUCCAGAGCGCGGGCGCUGCGGCCGACGCCGGAGACCGCACGCACUGCAUCGUGGGACGCCACGGCCGGACGCGUCACGCAUCCCCCAUGUCACGCGCGCUGUAGUGAAAGCAGGGCACCGCCAGGGCCUCCGCAGCAGGGCUGUGCAAGGUGGGAAAGGCCGGUGUGAAUGCAGGACUCUGUUCCUCCCCAGCGCUAAAACACCCAAUUAAACUCAUCACAUCUUCAGUCAAGGUUUGUGUUUUUAAUCCCGCGUUUGCGCUGGUUAAGAACAAGUCUGCAUUCGUAGCGGACCUUCUCGGAUAGCAUUCGGACACCCCUGCUCUGUAGUGCGGGAGAUGAGAACUAAUCUUUGGUCAAUUUGGGAUUUAACAGGACACCAGGAGACCAAUGUUAACACUCAUAACCGCUAAGAAAACCUUUAAGAACCAGUAACCUCGUCUCGUGCAGUAUCCCCAUUAAUGUCCUAGGAUUUUGGAUUCAGUUUGUCUGGAGGAAAGACUGACCCCUAGUGUCCAGUAACAGCACUUCCCAGGAGUUCUCAGCCCAGUUGAGCAGCUUUGCUUUGAAAUUGAAACAGCUUUGAACUGUUGCCGUUAUACAAGAUGCAUGCACAAUAUGGGGAAGGAAGAAAGACAGGCAAAUCAAUAAAAAAUACCUCUAAUCUUUCAUUUUCAGAACAUUUUAUUACAUCACCGUCUGUAGGAAGUUUCCACUUUCUCUUAAUAAACAGGUUAAGUAGCUACAAGUUGGCCUUAUUAAAUCAUUAUUUACAGUGAUAUUAACAGAGGAAAAAAAUAUUUAAAAAAACAAAACGAAAACAAAACUUGUGUCUCAGUGCUCCCUGCAGAGCCUGCUCUACACGAUUGAAUUUGUACAGCCUAUCAAUAAUAAAG